AGAGACCUCGAUUUCGCUGUAGACGUGGACUUCAGGGGCCAGCUGUGCGACAUGUCAAAGACGUUGGAGUACAGAAUGCGUUAGAAGCCCCUCCUCUUUGUGCUGGUGUUCAUUAGGACAGAAUACGGUUUAACUGGGGGGGUGUUCUAGUGAAAUGCUCCCUCACAGCAACAUUUUAGUCAUGUUUUCUUAUUCCGUCAUUAACAGUAUUUAAAAACCUUUCCACAUCUGAGUUGAACCUGUGCUCAUUCCUGUGUCUACUCUCAACAUCUGGCUCAAGCGUGGCCCAGCUGUUGGUCUCUGUGUCUGUCAGCACGUGGUUCAGGUUUGUUACAACUAAAGAUGAACUGUUUCCUCCUUGAACCGUCCAAAAGCAGGCAGCUGCAAGUUGGACUCACCCACCCAGCAGUUUUGGACCAGGCAGUAACGUGUGAGCUCCCACUGCAUCUCAACCCACGUUUCCACAUUGGUUUGAAUGUUUUACAAAGUAGUCUUAUUAGAAAUGAAAGUGUAACAUUCUAUGAGCAGAGCUGUUAGCUGUGAUUUGGGACGUGGUGCUGAAGAGUUCUGCACGGAUCUAAAUCUGACCCAAAGUCUAGACUGAUCUAAGUUCUGGUCCCAGCUCGUUCCCUAGAUGGAUCUGGAUUCAUCAUGUCUAAGAGAGAUAGAGGUGGAAAUGGCAAAAAAUAAAUGAUUUAUGAUACUUUUCUUUUGUAAUGUUGU